UACGGACUCCGCCCCUCUAGGGAAGUGUUUCCGCCAAGAUGGUUGUCGGUGCCUUCCCCAUAGCCAAGCUCCUCUACCUGGGAGUGAGGCAGCUGAGCAAGCCCGUUGCGAACCGGAUAAAAGCCGGAGCCCGUAGGAGCGAGUUCUUUAAAAACUACAUCUGCCUGCCGCCGGCGCAGAUGUAUCACUGGAUCGAAAUGAGAACGAAGAUGCGGAUCAUGGGCUUCAAGGGCGCCACCAUCAAGCCGCUGAACGAGGAUGCGGCAGCAGAGUUGGGUGCAGAGUUGCUGGGAGAGGCAAUCAUUUUCCUUAUCGGUGGCGGGUGUAUGGUGGUGGAGUACAGCAGGCAGGCCGCCAACUCCCGUCGCAAGGAGGAGGAGCUGAACGAGACUAUCACAAGCCUAAAGACUGAAAUAGCAGAGUUAACAUUAACAACAGAGACUCUUGACACUCAGCUGAAGGAGGUCAAGAGGCUCCUGCUUUACUUGCCUGCUCCCACUAAAAAGUGACAACAUUUGAUAUGCAUUUAAUUGUUGGCCUGUGUGUGAAGGUGCAUUCAAACAACACUGUCAAGUGCACAACUUGAUUUCUGCCUUUCUCCACACUGCCCCCCGCCACAGAGCUGGGAGAAAAAGGUGGACAUCAGUGCACUGUGAGUUUGGGAGCUAUCAUUUGCUCAUGCUUUGAGCAACAAUAAAGGAACACUAUGAUAUUCAUAGUAAAUUUUGAUCGAUGACUUUGCAUGUUUACUUAAAAUAAAAUUAACUACAUGAGAGGCAAUGGUGAACUUAGAGUUAAUUUAUUUUAUAGCAGCUUGAGCAUACUUCCAUAUCAAUUCAAGUAAACAAAUCUUAUAGAAUUUGAACAUUUUGCUUUGUGUUUCUCAGCAGAUGAUUUGUGUUCUGAGUUAUUAAAUGCAUUCCAAAAAAAUUAAA